AUGCUCCGAUGGUCCUCUACUUUGCGAAUUUUCCCGCGAACACAAAAGCGAAAUUUCACAAGCGGAAGGAAAAAGGAAAUUAUCGUACUCCAUCCGAUAUUAAAGAGAACGAAAAAUGGCAGCAAGUCCUUUGACGAAAUAAUCUAUGACGCGCAGGAAGCCUUAGGGUUGGCUCGGUCGGCUGGGUUCAAAGUCGCAAAUGGAAUUUCGAUGCCGUUGGGGGGGUGGACAUUUUUUAAACACCUAAGUGGGUCUAAGGAGCAGGGCGAAGAGGACGAUUUAGCUAAUAGCUACCGGCGGGAAGACACAUGCAAGGGUUCACGUCAGUCAAACGAAGGGACAACCUGCGGGGGUGAUGCGAAUGAGGAGGAUAAGUUCCCCAGAAGUGAAGAUGGAGGGGUAGGCGCACACGUAGGUGGUGCCCCCUCCGAGGAGGUGCCUCCGCAGGUGGACGACCUAGAAAAAAAAAUUGCAGAGUCGAUUAUAAUAAAAACGAACAGAAUAGAUAACAAGUUUUAUUUUGGCAAAGGCAAAUUGAAUGAGCUGUCCAGCUAUUUUCUAAAACACCCAACGCCGUACGUGUUUAUUAACACGCUGCUUUCGCCUGAACAGUUCAGAAAUUUGGACAUGCUGUUUAACAGCCUUCUGCGGAGCCACCAUGAUGAGUUGAAGUUGCGUAGCCAGAAGGAGAGGGGGGAAGAUUGCCUCUCAGUGAGGGAAUCAGAAAUAAACGAGGAGGAUGAUGACGGGGAGGAAAACGCCAGGGGGGAGGAGCUCCUCUACGUCGAGAUGUAUAACGAAUGGAUGGAAAGGCAGGUGGAGAGGGAAGACCAGGAAGAUGGAAAUAUGAGCGAUGGGGAAGAAGAGAUUGUUGUUUCCCCCGAUGAUGCAGAGGAGGGAAACGUGCCGCUCUACGUUGAGCUCUUCGACCGGUACAGCAUUAUCCUGCAGAUACUGAAAAGCAGGGCGAGAAACAACCUGAGCAAACUACAACUGGAACUAGCCAGGGCCAACUUCAUUUUCAAUACCUACGCAGAGGAUAACAAGUCAAGAAUGAAGUAUAUAAAAUAUAUCGAAAAUAAUAUCCUGGGGAAAUCAAAUUUUGACUACGAGGAAAAGUACAACCGACAAAACACCUUCGAUGUGGAUAGGCAGAUCGGGAAAAAAAAAAAUUACGACAGCUUGGGAUACACCAGCACCUACAUAAAGAGCUCAGAGACGUACAAAGAGUAUGAAAAAAGAAUCAUUCAAAAUUUGUAUGCAAAACUGAAGAAGGAAUUAGGAAAAUGCAAAAAUAAUAAUGAACUACAGAGUAGUGCUAGAAAGCACAAAGCGUUAAUAGCCGUAGUAGGAUAUACAAAUGUGGGCAAAACAAAAUUAAUAAAUUAUUUAACCAAUUCUAAUUUGAAGGCAAGGAAUUUAUUAUUUCAAACUUUGGAUAAUGCUUAUAAAAGUGUAAAAAUUUCUGAUGGGCACUCCAGCAUAUUUAUCGACUCAAUUGGGUUCAUUCAGAAUAUUCCUUUCUCCUUAUACGAAUCAUUUAAGGUAACCUUGGAAGCAAUUAAAAAUGCAGACGUGCUCAUUCACGUGAUCGAUGUGUGCCACCCGUAUAGAGAGCAACAUAAAAAGUGCGUCAUUGAUACGUUACAGAAGAUAGGCAUAUCCAGCGAUUUUCUAAAAUACAAUAUGAUUGAGGUGUGGAAUAAAGUGGACAAAUUGCCAGACGAGGAACUCCUCCAUUUGUAUAAAACUAAACCAAAGAAUGUCCUACCCAUUUCAGCCAAAGUUGGCACAAAUUGUGAUGUCCUCAUUAAAAUUAUUCAAACCAUGAUUAACAGAAUUAAGGACGUGCAAGUGUUGACUCUCCAGUUUUCUGCGAUGGAAGCUAAAGAGAGGAUAGCAUAUCUUGUGAAAAAUUUCAAAGUCGUCCCCAACUCCAUUUCGUACUCCAGCGAUGGGAACACGACCUUUAUCAAGUUGGUGGAGAAUCCCCGCAAUUUGAGGAGGUACUAUGAGCGUUUCGACGAGGGUGAGGAGGGACCAGAUAAAGGAGCCACGUCAUGA